AUGACGGCGAGGGCGGAACAAGCUUUCUCAACAGAGUUCACCAACACCCUACGGAGGCCCGGGGGUGGAAGACGCCUGGACCUAUCACCCCAGAGGUGUAUGACAUGUAAUCGUGUGCUUAAUGUGUUCGUGGCUGUUUUUACGAUCAUAAUAGUUAUAGAAACACUCGUCAGUGCUCUCAUAUUUCCAAGGUGGCCUCCUGUGGGAAACAACGUAUUUUUCGCCGUUACAAUAGUUCUGAUAUGUAUUUCACAUUUACUUCAGAUAUGCUGGUACAGACAAGGAGAAGUGGAUCCCAAGUUUAGACGAAUUAUCAUCUAUAACGCCAUGACCAUUUGUUUACUUUGUGUGUGUGGAAACCUCUAUAUGCAUGGCUUUGGUGUAGGCGACACGUGCACGAAACGAUGA